AUGUAUUUGUGUGUGUAAAUAUAUAUGAUAUAUAAACAAAAGAAUAUAUAUAUAUAUAUCUAUGAAUUUAUAUGCGUAUCACUGUGAACCAAGAGAAGCAAGAGGAAAUUUCUAUCAUCGGGGCUGGUCUCUGAUUGUGUGGUCGUAUACAAUAUUUUGAAUAUUUCCUUUGAUCUUCUACGUCAAGAGGACAAAGACUACGUGCCCAUUUUGUAUUUUUGUUUUCCUGUUGCUGCUUCCCGUCCCUCUUGAUCUUUUUUUUUCUACGUCCGAGAGGAAUAAAGCGGAGAGUGACAGGAUUUGACAAAAAAGGGAAAAUCUGUAGAAAUUCCUGUGAUUAGUGUUAUUUCCGUCGGCAUUUGCGCUCUGUGAGCCGAUCACAGCGUGCUGUGUGAGAUCUGAGGAGGCAGCAGAGACAGAGUGCCACGCCGCUCAGCUCAGCGUCAGCCCCAGCCAGCACAGCCAGCAUGCACAAACAUCACCACUGCUGCAAGUGCCCAGAAUGUUAUGAGGUGACCCGUAUGGCUGCCCUGCGUAGGAUGGACGCCCCGUCGUAUGGAGGAGACUGGCAGGCCGAGCCCUAUGGAUACCCGCCUGGGUACGGGGGAGGCCAGACCUUACCCCCUCCGGCCUCAGGGGGAGGUGGAAGCAUGGGAGGAGGAGGGGGCACUUUGGGGAGAAGUAAGGGCAAGAUUAUGUCUGGUGGGGGCCCAGGAGGCCCCAACCCAAAGGGCCAAUCCAAGGGUGGCCCCAAAGUUAACGGCAACAACUCCAGUGGACAAGGAGGAUGGUGGCCCGAGUGCACCUGUACCAACCGGGAGUGGUAUGACCAGGCCAACCCUCCCCCCAUCAUCGUCAACGCAGACUCACUAGAUGCAGGCCCUUAUGUAAAUGGCAGUGAUGGGAUGUACAAAUAUGAAGAGAUCAUUCUAGAGAGGGGGAACUCUGGCCUGGGCUUUAGCAUUGCUGGAGGAAUAGACAAUCCCCACAUUCCUGAUGAUCCGGGGAUCUUCAUCACCAAGAUUAUCCCCGGAGGAGCAGCUGCUAUGGAUGGAAGGCUGGGGGUGAAUGACUGUGUGCUGCGUGUGAACGAUGUGGACGUGUCUGAGGUGGUUCACAGUCGGGCGGUGGAAGCCCUGAAGGAGGCGGGGCCAGUGGUGCGGCUGCUGGUCCGACGGAGGCAGGCGCCACCUGAGACGAUCCUGGAGGUCAACCUGCUGAAAGGGCCCAAAGGCCUUGGAUUCAGCAUCGCUGGAGGGAUCGGAAACCAACAUAUCCCCGGAGACAACAGCAUCUAUAUUACCAAGAUCAUAGAAGGAGGAGCUGCCCAAAAAGAUGGACGGCUGCAGACUGGAGACCGCCUGCUAGCUGUGAACAACAUCGUGCUACAGGACGUGCGUCAUGAGGAGGCAGUGGCUGCGCUGAAGAACACCUCCGAUAUGGUUUACCUCAAGGUGGCCAAGCCAGGACCCGUGCACCUCAACGACAUGUACGCCCCUCCAGACUACUCCAGCACCUUCCCCACUAUGGUAGACAACCACGUCAGCCACAACUACAUGGGGGCGAUGGAGCCCAAGCCAGUGUAUCCGCCGCCCCAGGUCACCCCGUCCAGGUACUCGCCAGUUCCCCGCCACAUGCUGGGGGAGGAAGACUUCACAAGGGAGCCAAGGAAGGUGUUGCUGCACAAGGGCUCCACAGGCCUGGGCUUCAACAUUGUUGGCGGGGAGGAUGGAGAAGGCAUCUUCGUCUCCUUCAUCCUGGCAGGAGGUCCGGCUGACCUGAGCGGCGAGCUGAGGAGGGGCGACCGCAUUCUCUCGGUGAAUGGAGUGAACCUAAGGAAUGCCACACAUGAGCAGGCGGCUGCGGCACUGAAGAGAGCUGGACAGACUGUCACCAUCAUAGCUCAGUACAGGCCUGAAGAGUACAGUCGCUUUGAGUCCAAGAUCCACGACCUGAGGGAGCAGAUGAUGAACAGCAGCAUGAGCUCAGGAUCGGGCUCCCUGCGCACCAGUGAGAAACGCUCCCUCUAUGUCAGAGCUUUGUUUGACUAUGACCGAACGAGGGACAGCUGCCUGCCCAGCCAAGGCCUGAGCUUCUCUUACGGGGACAUCCUCCAUGUCAUUAAUGCUUCUGACGACGAGUGGUGGCAGGCGAGGCUGGUCACACCACAUGGAGAGAGCGAGCAGAUUGGGGUCAUUCCCAGCAAGAAAAGAGUGGAGAAGAAAGAGCGGGCCAGGUUAAAAACAGUCAAGUUCCAUGCCAGGACAGGCAUGAUUGAGUCCAACAGGCCAGUCAAAGUAAAGCGCAAAAAAAGCUUCAACCUGUCACGCAAGUUCCCGUUUUACAAGAGCAAGGAGAAUAUUGUGCAGGAGUUGGUGGAGUCUGAACAAUGCCUGACAUCCAACACAAGUGACAGUGAAAGCAGUUCGAAGGGGCAGGAGGACACGAUUCUUUCCUAUGAGCCAGUCAUUCGACAGGAAAUCCACUACACAAGGCCUGUGAUCAUACUGGGUCCAAUGAAGGACAGAGUAAAUGAUGACCUCAUCUCUGAGUUUCCACACAAGUUUGGCUCCUGUGUACCCCAUACGACUCGUCCGAGGCGAGAGAACGAGAUGGACGGCCAGGACUACCACUUUGUGGGCUCACGAGAGCAAAUGGAGAAAGACAUUCAGGAUAAUAAAUUCAUUGAGGCUGGCCAGUUCAAUGAGAACCUCUACGGGACGAGCAUCUUGUCUGUCAGAACUGUGGCUGAGAGGGGGAAACACUGCAUCCUGGACGUGUCUGGGAAUGCCAUUAAACGACUGCAGCAAGCACAACUUUAUCCGAUUGCCAUCUUUAUUAAACCAAAAUCCAUUGAAGCCCUAAUGGAAAUGAAUAAGAGGCAGACGUACGAGCAGGCCAAUAAAGUCUUUGACAAGGCGGUUAAGCUGGAGCAAGACUUUGGAGAGUAUUUCACAGCUAUUGUACAGGGUGACUCACUAGAGGAGAUCUACAACAAAAUCAAGCUAAUCAUCGAGGAGCAGUCUGGUCCCUACAUCUGGAUCCCCUCCUCAGAGAAGCUCUGAGCUCCCUGCCGUCCCCUCUGCGUCGGUGCAGAGCUCCCCUCCUGCCUCCCAGAGACCCCACCCAAGCCCAAAUAGCCCCCCUCCUCACCUCCUUUUUGCAGAUAUGUUUCAUAUCAAGUUUUAGUGUCAUCAUUAUGUUACUCUCUAAAUGAAAAAGAAGUCUUAUCACCAUUACUGUGACUGUGCACACCCCUGCAUGAGUUUCUCAACAAAUCCAUUCAAGACUGGAAAUGCCAUUCCAAAGGAAUUUGUCAAAUGAAAACAAAAGGGAAAAGGAAUAAAUCCUUUUGUGAACUGGGACUGAUUGAAGAUCAGAAUGUUUUACAGAAAAUCUGGAGAGAGGAGUUGGGAUUCAAAAAGAAGUUGCAGGGAAACAGAGACAAAUCAUACCAAGUUGGAACACUUUGUAAAUGUUCAUCAAAUCACAUUUAAAAAGACACGCAAGACGAGAAGUGAAGACCAAUUAAGGUUUUUUUUUUCUUUUUCUAAAGACUGGAUAAAAUCGAGCCCUGCUGAUGGUACUGUUCAAGGAGUCAUCUCUCUUGUUUAUAAUGACUGAGGAAAUUAGUGGAGCCUACAAACUGGUGAUCUAUUUAUCACAAACCAGCUUGCUGUUUGGUCCUCUGCCAGUUGUCUGUGCUGCAGCUGAUAAAGACAUCUCGGGAGGCAGAUCAAGAGGAAGAAAUGCGUUGUGAAUCUCUACAUUUAUAUUAUGAAAUCACAAGAUAAAUGAUAAAAUCCCACUGAGAUUUUACUACAUAUUAAAAACUACACAUUUUACACUUCACUAGAAUUGUCAAUUUGGAGGGCUGUUAGAUUUCAUUUUUGGUUAUUUUCUGUUUUUUUUUCUUUUUUCUUUUUUUUUUUUGUGGGAUUUUUUGCUUGUGGUUUUUAGCUGCUCUGUGUAAAGGUUGGGGGUAGAGAAGUGUAACCGGGCUCUCUGCAAAACACCAAACUGCCUUACAUCAAAUACAAAUUCUGUUUUGUGACUACCUGUUGUCUGUGAGGGAGGCUGCACACAAUUUACAAGGAAAAGAGAGGAGACAUUCUCAUCUUUUCUUACUGUUUUGUGUCCUCCAACUGCCGGGAGGCCUGACUUGAGUGCAAUAGUUAAAAAAAAGCAAAGUCUCACCUUUUGCAAUAGUUAAAACAAAGUCUCACUGCUGUGGGCGCCUUUUCUCCCCUGUAUCUCAACCUUCUUGCUGUAAUUAAAACAAAUUUGGCUAUUUGAUUACAAUUUGGACAGCCAGAGCCUCCUAACUCCUGUUGAGCAGCAGACCACCCUAUUACACUCUCUGCCUUCCAAGAGGAUUCUCUUCUGAUUGAAUGGUCACAUGGUACUGUCCUAUCUGCCGCCAUAACGGUGGCGUUAAAACGGGUAGAACAAGACAAUAAUUGUAUUGGAUGUCCUAACAAUUAAAGAGUCAAUAUAACCUGUUUUGGAUUGUGCCCCUGUACCCCUACCAAAAAUAACACUAAACUUGGGUUUGAUUAAAACCUACAUGCUUUGUGUAUCUA